CCGAUUUCAUACUAUCUCAUAUGGAAAAAACAAAAAGAACAUGAAUAGUGGAGUUUGUGUAAGGGGAACCACUUUAAAUGAUGAUGAGUUGGAUUAUUAUGGGCAAUUGAAAGAAGUUAUCGAACUUCACUAUUUUGACUCAUCUGUUCCUCAGUCAGUGAUUUUGUUUAAUUGUGAUUGGUAUGAUUUGAACAAAGGCAUUGUGAUCCAUCCAUUAUCUCAUAUAGUUGACAUAAAUCCUCGAUUUAAACUACAGACAAAUGAACCUUUCAUCUUAGCAAGUCAAGCUCAACAAGUGUUUUACACUUCUUAUCCAUCUAGAAAUCCUCGUAGGAGAGGGUGGUAUGCUGCAUGUAAGAUUAGGGCUAGAGCGAUAAUUGACACUUCAUCUUUGGGUGAUUGUGUAAGUGAUUAUUAUCAAGAUGAUGAUCCUCCUAUGCCGCAGUUGGUGCAACCCUCAACUAUUGUAGAUGAUCAUGUUUCGCUAGCAUCUCUGGGAGGAGAACAAGUGGUGAUUGGUGAGGAUAUGCAUUUAUCUUAUGUGGUUGAACAAAAUGAGGAAGAAUGUGUGGAUGAGGAUGAUGAGGAAGAGGAUGAGUUUGCGGGGACAGAAACACCAGAAGAAGAAGUUUCAAAUUACUUAACCGAGAAUAUGGGACGAGGUACUCGAGGUGAAUCAUCGUCUAAAGAAGCCAGUAAUACACUGGAUAAAGCACAAAAGCAACUUCGACGUCUUAUUCGUGGGCCUCGUAAGGCUGCUCCCACACAGCAGCAGAUGCCCAGUUUGAGUCAGCCUCCCUCACAGCAGCAAUUGCCUACUUUGAGCCAGCCUCCCUCACGGCAGCAGUUGCCUAGUUUGAGCCAGCCUCCCUCACGGCAGCAGUUGCCUAGUUUGAGCCAGCCUCCCUCACGGCAGCAGUUGCCUACUUUGAUCCAUCCUCCCUCACAGCAGCAACUGCAGCAACAACAGCCCACUUUGACCCCCCCAGUCACACAGCUGCACCAGCAACAGUUGCCUACUUGGACCCAUCCACUCUCGCAGGUGCAGCAGCAGCCUCCAUUGCCUGAUCAGGAGCUUGGUGAUGAGGCACCAAUGGAGGAGGAUGCGGAUGAGCUGGUUGAAGAGCGUAACUUAGAAGCUGAGCUUGCUGCUGAGUAUGAUCAACUUGAUCCUGAGGGUCGGCUAAACCGAGCAAAGGGUCCCCGUGUAACUCACACGACUGGAUGCAUUUCAAUGGGGAUACAUGAAGAUCGGUUGGCAGCCAAGCGAGGGGGAGUUAGGCCAUCACAGCUAGAGACGUACUUGUAUACUCACACAACUCGCAGGCCUGAAGGUCAAGAAGAGGCAGCACCGGUUUGGGUGUGUCCAGAAGCUGAGCAGACAUAUACUGCUGCUCACCAAAAGUAUGUGGAAAAGCAUGGGCCAAACAAGGAGGUAUGGCCAGGGUGGGAUCCAGAAAUAUGGAAGGAUGUCGUCGGACCCCCUAAAAAGGGUCAGAUGAGAGGAUUGUCCACACUUCAGGACCCAGCAGAGCAUGGCAUACCAUGGCGACGAUAUGAGAUUAGUGAGGCCUCGUCCUCUACCACCAGGAUGCUUACGACGCAGGUCCAUCAGUUGCAGGCUGAGCUCACACAAGUUCGGCAAGAAAUGGCAGAGCGAGUGCAAUCAGAGACUGCACGUAUUCAGUCAGAGGUAUCACAGAGAGUUUCAGAAUUUGAGGCUGCUUUUGAUAGGAGAUUUCAAGAGCAUAUUGCAUUACUUAGCCAGCAGUAUGCAUCUAUAGGCUUUCCGCCAUCACAAACUGUUGCUCCUUCACGGCCUGGUGGUCCUUCACAGGCUGCUGGUCUUUCACAGGCUGAUGGUCCUUCACAGGCUGCUGGUCUUUAAGAGGCUGAUGGUCCUUCACAAGCUACUGGGUCCAGAUUUGAUCAUUUAUCGCCACCUACUUAGAUUUCCAGUUUUGUUUCUCACUUUCGUUUCCUUUCUACUUCUACUUUUCAUUUUCCUUUCCUUUUAUCUUUCUUCUUCUUCUUUCAUUUUCUUUCUUUCUUUCCAGUUUUGCUUAAUUAAUUUCUCUUCUUUUCAUUCUUUGAAGAUUUCCAGUUUUGUUUCUCACUUUCGUUUCCUUUCUACUUUUCAUUUUCCUUUCCUUUUAUCUUUCUUCUUCUUCUUCUUCUUCUUCUUUCAUUUUCUUUCUUUCUUUCCAGUUUUGUUUAAAUUUUUUAAGUAAUUUCAUGGCUAAAAUAAUCCUCCUCCAUCUGCAUUAAUUCUUUUAUCAAUUUUAAGGUUUCUUCUUUAUUCUUUUUUAUUAAUCAUCUAAUUAUAUUAAUAAGAUACAUAAGCAUCU